UAUUACAUAUUUUUCAUCUUACUUUAAUUUAUAAUAAUUAUUCUUUUUGGAUAGGAUCUCUUCCAAGAAAAGAAAAUUUCAAAGAAAAUAUUCAUAUUGAAGUACCUGUUUUAGCUUGCAAUUUUUUAGGUUAUAUCUUUCUUUCAUUCUUUUUUUCUUUAUUAUUAUUAUUAUUAUUAUUAUUAUUAUUAUUAUUAUUAUUAUUUUGUUUAGUGUUCCUAAAUUAAAAAGGAAGCAUGUCUAGUAAGAAAUAUUUAUCAGGUUAUGAAAAACUUAAGAAAAAAAGAAAAAUAGAAAAUUUGAUAAAAACUCAACAAGGAGCUUUAGAUAAAUUUGUUACCACUAGCAAAAGAGAUGAAAAUAACACAAAUAAAGAAAUUAAUGACCAAUUAAAUUUAAAUAAUUUAGGUGAUUAUGAAAUUAUGGUAGAAAAAGGUUUAGAAAAUUGCCAUCAUAAAAUAUGUGAUAAUAUGAUAGUUGAUGAAGAAUGUCAAGAAAAUAAGGAGGAUGAUAUGGAAACUAGAAAUUGUAACAACAAUUUAGAUUAUCUUGAUGAUCCGGGAAGAUGGAAAAAUCUUGAUAAUAAACUAAUAGACUUAUUAGUAGAAAAAGGUCCAAUUAGAUUGAGUGAUAUAGAGUUUCCAAAAGAUGAUGGUAGACGUUUUUCUACUUAUCACUAUACUAGAAAUUUAUCAAAUGGAGAACAACAUGAUAGAAAGUGGUUAGUGUAUUCAAAGUGUUUGAAUAAAGUAUAUUGUUUUUGUUGUAAAUUAUUUAGUGUUAAUUCUAGUACGAUGAACCAAUUGAGCAACGAAGGAACUAAAGAUUGGAAACAUCUUGGUGAUAGGUUAAAAAGUCAUGAAACAAGUAACGAACAUAUAAUCAACAUGAGUACUUGGUUUGAUUUAGAAUCGAGAUUAUUAAUGAAUAAAACAAUUGAUAAACAUGCUCAAGAAAGAAUUAAUAAAGAGAAAGAACAUUGGAGAAAUGUUUUAAAAAGGAUAAUUUCUCUUAUAAAAUGUUUAGCUAAAAAUAAUUUGGCAUUUCGUGGGAGUCAUGAAAAGAUCUAUCAAGAAAAUAAUGGAAACUUUUUAAGUUUUAUUGAGAUGAUCACUGAAUUUGAUCCAAUAAUGAAAGAGCAUAUUCGUCGUAUUCAAAAUGGUAAAAUUCAUAAACAUUAUUUAGGACAUAAUAUUCAAAAUGAGUUAAUACAAGUGUUGGCUCACAAGAUAAAAAGUUUAAUUUUAACAAAUAUUAAAGAAGCAAAAUACUAUGCAAUUAUAUUAGAUUGUACUCCAGAUUUAAGCCACCAAGAGCAAAUGUCCAUGAUCUUAAGGUGUGUAAAUAUUUCUUCUUGUCCUAUUGAAAUUGAAGAAUACUUUUUAGGAUUUUUAAAUGUGGUAGAUACUUCAGGAAAAGGUCUCUUUGAUGAACUCAUAAGAGAAAUUAAGAAGUUAGAACUUGAUAUAAAUGAUGUAAGAGGACAAAGUUAUGAUAAUGGAUCUAACAUGAAAGGGAAACACCAAGGUGUGCAAAAAAGGUUAUUAGAUAUAAAUCCUAGGGCACUUUUUACACCAUGUGCAUGUCAUAGUCUUAAUUUAGUAAUUUGUGAUGCUGCCACUUCUUGUGUUAGAGCCAUAUCAUUUUUUGGGGUUCUACAACGAAUAUAUUCAUUAUUUUCUUCAUCACCAAAGCGAUGGAUAAUUUUAAAAAAUAAUAUAUCUAACUUAACAGUGAAAUCAUUAUCACAAACUCGUUGGGAAAGUCAUAUUGAAAGUGUAAAAGCUAUAUACAUCAAACUCCAAAUAUUAGAGAUGCUUUGUUAGAACUAGCAGACACAAGUGAAGAUCCUAAAAUAAAGAGUGAAGCUAACAGUCUAGUAACUUAUGAACUAGAAGAUUUUGAAUUUUUAUUAGGUAUGACUAUUUGGUAUGAUAUCUUGUUUGCAGUAAACUCUCUUAGUAAGAACUUUCAAAGUGAAGAAUCAACAAUUAAUGUUGCCAUAGAUCUUCUUAAGGGUCUUAUUUCUCUUUUUAAAAAAUAUAGGGAAAAUGGAUUUAUAUCUGCCAUGACUUCAGCUAGAAAACUUGCAAAUGAAUUGAAAAUAGAACCAACAUUUCGUGAAAAACGUGUGAUUCGUAGAAAGAAACAAUUUGAUGAAGAUGUUAGUGAUGAUAAAAUAAAAUCUCUUGAAGAAUUAUUUAGGAUUGAGUAUUUUAUUUAUUUGGUUGAUCAAAUAAUUUCUUCACUUAAAAUAAGAUUUGAGCAAUUUGAAGUUUUAGAAAACAUUUUUGGAUUCUUAUUUGAUUUUAUUAGAUUAAAGUCAAUGGAUGAAGAUACUAUUAAACAAUGUUGUUUGAAUCUUGAAAAUUUUCUAAGUUAUAAUGGGAAUUCUGAUAUAGAUAGAAUAGAUUUAUUUUCAGAAUUAAAAGUUUUAAGAGAAAUUUAUCAAAAAGAUCAAUGUAGUCCAUUAGAAGUACUUAAUUAUAUAAAAAAAAAUUGAUUUAUUUCCAAAUGCUUAUAUUUCUUAUAGAAUAUUGUUAAUAAUUCCAGUUUCAGUUGCAUCUGCAGAAAGAAAUUUUUCAAAAUUAAAAUUAAUAAAAACUUAUUUAAGAUCUUCGAUGUCCCAAGAAAGAUUAAAUGGAUUAGGAAUGUUGUCUAUUGAAAAAAAAAAUUAUUAGAUAAACUUGACUAUAACGAUUUAAUAAAUAAUUUCGCAUCUCAAAAAGCUAGAAAAAUAAAUUUUUUAUAAGUUUAUUAUUUUUUUGAUUUGUAAAAUUUAUUAUUUUACUAUUUAAUUUGAGAUUUUUUUUAGUAAAUAAUUAUUGUAAAAAAAGGCCUUUAUUUUGAAGCUCGCCCAAGGCCUCUAAACGGCUAGAGACGGCCCUGCAUAGAACAAUGUAUUAUUCAUAAUUUUAGAUGUGUAGUGUUUGUAUGCUUUAAUUCGAAUUUGUAACACAGUAGAAUUUUUGUGUUUUGAACUUAUCCAUGACUUGUAUAGUAUGACCAUAGAAUCAGUAUAUCAAUAUAAAGGAAAGUACCAAAUAGUUUAGGUGGCAUCAUUUACAUUUUUUAUUCUAUUUUUUCUAUUUUUUAUGAGCUUAACACAUUUUUCCAAUAAAAUCAAAUAAAAGCAUAUCAAUGCAUUAAAUAUGUAAUAGUAAAAAAUUAUUUAUUUAUAUGCACAUUAAUUUAUAGCAUUUUAAAACUAUUGGCAUUCCUUAUAAAAAAAAUAAAUAUAUUUAAUUUUUAUUUAUUAAACACAAAAAAUAUCAUAUAUUCAUAAUAAAAUAGUGAUAAUACCUUAAAAAAAAAAGAAAUCACCAUAUAGUUUCUGUGGCAUCCUCAAAAAAAUAUUAAUAAUAUUUCAUAACAAUUUUAUAAAUUUAUAAUUACUCUUAAGAGCAAUGAAAUUGUAUAUCUAUUUUUUUCGUUCUUUAAAAUAAAUAAACAAAACCUCUUCAAUCUAUUUACAUAUAUUAUAUAUAUAAUCUAUAUAAUUGUAUUGUUGGGGUAUGUGAUAUGGCAUUCUAUCAUUUUUAGUAUUGUCAUUAUUUUAUUUUAUGGUUUUUCUAAGAUUUAUCUAUUUUUAUUUAUGAGUAUCUAUUAAAUCUUAUAACUUCUAUUCCAUUAUUAUUAUUAUGUGGAUAUUCAUUCUCAUAACUCCUAUUCUAUUAUUAUUAUUAUUAUUAUUUUAUAAAUUAUUAUUGUUGUUGUUAUUUAUCUAUUUAUAUUUAUGUUUUUCUCUUAUUCCCUUAUUUUUCUCCUUUAAUAAAUAAUUACUAAUAAUUACUAUAUCAUAUAAUUAAUUAGUAGUAUCCAUAUAAUCAUCCUAAUUAAAUUUUAUUUCUCAUUCUUUGAUUUUUUUUAAUUUUUUCACAUUUUUGUUUAUUUUUUUUUUUUAUAGUUUAAUCAUAUUUUUAUCAUUAUAUAUUUUUUUGCUAUUCUUUGUUUUAUUAAUUUUUGUUAUUUAUUUAAUUUGUUUAAUUACUUUUUCUAUUUGAUAAUCUAUGUACAUACAUUAAUAUUUUCAGUUUUAAUCUAAGAGAUUAAUGUACAUUUAAUUAUACUGUAUAACUAAAGAAAAAGUCUAAACAUGAUAAUGUGUCUUCAUUCAUUUUUCCAGUUUCAAUUUUAUUGUCUUUCAAUACAAAUUUGCCAAUUAUCUAUUUUAUUAUUAAAGAGUAAUUUAUAAACACUAUU